AUGGAUGACGUCUUGAAGUACACAAGUGAAGCUAUGGAGAGUUGGGAAAAUAAACGUUGCUGGAAGAAGCCUCGGAAAUGGCUAGAGUGCUUCUCUACCCGAGUGACAUAUUAUGGCAAAAUCUUGGAUGUCAUUGCCCAACAUCACCCAGAGUAUGUUUCUUUGGCGUGGGGAACAAUGAAACUACUAUUCGUCAUCGUCAUCAACCAUGAAACUUCAGUAAAGCAAGUCGCAAAAACCCUCGUACGGAUUGCCGAAUCUCUUUCGCAGGUGGUCCCACUUUUACACUUGUAUCCUAACGGCGAGAUGAUAAAUGCAGUCGCCAGUCUCUACGCCCACAUGAUAUCAUUCUUGCAACGCGCAACAAUUUGGUAUCGCGGCAGUAGUACGUCUCGCUUAUUCAAAGCCAUCUUUAGUCCCUUCGAAUUAUCGUUCGGGGAACUAUUAGUUGAAAUCCGCGAGCAUGGGGAACAUGUCGCCAAGUUAGCAGACGUCGGGCACAAGCAAGAGACGAGAGAGAUUAAAGAGCUGCUCUACGAAAACGUGAAACGGCCUGGCGUUGGGAUAGACACCGGACAAGAGCUAGAUGCGAGGAGAGGGAUGCAGGGACAAGCUUACUAUACGCAAAUGAUGCCGGACGGAUUCUUUAGUAUAUGUGGUAUGACCCUAUCUGUUUUCGCGAAAGGGAAAUUGGAAGAACCCCCCCUAUGGCUAACUUUGUUGAUUUUAUUUGUACGGCACAAAAGAGCUGCAAAAAUAGAUUUCUGCCUAGCCAACGGGAUCAGAAAAAGCUUUGCCGAGCUAUGUUCGGACAGUUAA